AUGGUGAAGUUCUCAAAGGAGCUUGAAGCUCAACUAAUCCCAGAAUGGAAGGAAGCCUUCGUAAACUACUGGCAACUCAAGAAGCAGAUAAAGAAGAUCAAACUCUCACAAAAACCCAAGCAACCCCAACAAAUUCUUGACCAUGAAUUUGCUCUCUCGAUUUUUGAUCCCAUUUGCUCCCUCGCCAAAAAUAUAACCAACAAGCUCUUCCACUCCGAUACCAAAACCGAAAUCAUUCAGGUGAGGAGCAAAAGCAUGGAGGAUGGUGAUGAAGAAGUGUACCAAACUGAGCUUGUUCAAUUGUUCACAGAAGAAGAUGAGGUGAGGGUGUUUUUUGAGAGAUUGGAUGAAGAGCUAAAUAAAGUGAACCAAUUUUACAAGACCAAAGAGAGCGAGUUUCUUGAAAGAGGAGAGAUUCUUAACAAGCAGCUAGAGAUUUUGCUGGACCUCAAACGGAUUCUCAACGAACGCCGUCGUAAGCCGAAGGCCGGAGUUCUUUCUCGUUCUUGGUCAUCUUCACCUCGGAACUCUGAUUUUUCUGAAAGUGCAAGUGAAUCAAAUGAGGCCCCUGCAGAUUCAGAAACGGAUGAAAUCAUGGCAGCACUAGAGAAAAACGGUAUCAAUUUCGUCAAUUCGGCCACAAGAGGAAAAACAAAGAAAGGGAAACCUAAGAUGGCUAUGAGGAUUGACAUUCCGGCUACGACACCAACACGAACAAUCACGGCUGUAACAUCAAUGUUAUGGGAAGAUUUGGUUAAUAAUCCUAAAAAGAAGCUCAUUGAAUAUGGUGGCUUUCACGAAAAUAUUGAAGAAAUUCGACAAGUCUUGGAUUGUUCUCAUAACGAUGAUGUCAUCCCUGUAAGGAAACCACAAGGAUGUAGGCGUUUGAUCAAGGUAUCCAAUCAGCAGACAUCAGCAAGUUAUUUAAAAGCAGUGAAGAGAUCUCAUUUUAUUAGUUCUGAUAAGGUUGUUAGACUAAUGGAUGAUGUGGAGUCCAUCUUCACAAAGCACUUCGCCAACAAUGACAGGAAAAGGGCAAUGAAGUUCCUCAGACCCCAACAACAAAAGGAGUCUCACAUGAUUUUUAAUGGACAGGAAACAGUACUGACCACUAAUCCCGCUAAUGGGAAUAAACCUCAUCGAUGUUUAGUAGAGCAAUUAAAAGAGAAACCACCAUGCACAGCCCUCAAGCACAGAGAUGCCUUUCUCAUUUGCACCACUUUCAUGACCUCGGUGGUUGCAGCAAUGGUAAUCCAUCUCCUCUUAAGGGCUAGCGGUUUUUCUCCAAGCCAAGUUGAUGCCAUUCCUGGGAUUCUCCUCCUCGUUUUGAUGGUCGACUUUUUCAUGGCAGACCAACUUACUAGCCAGAUUCCAUUGCUGAGGCAUAUGGAAUCCACAACUUGCUACUUUCUAGCUGGGAGUUUCAAGACACAUAGAUAUGAAACCUGCAAUUCCGGAAAGCUAUAUAGGGAGCUUGCUUAUGUCAUUUCAUUUUUGCCUUACUAUUGGCGUGCUAUGCAGUGUGCAAGAAGAUGGUUUGAUGAAAGUGACCUGAACCAUUUGGCUAACAUGGGAAAGUAUGUUUCUGCCAUGGUGGCAGCCGGUGCGAGGAUAACUUACUCUAGGCAGGAGAACCACCUAUGGCUUGGUAUAGUCCUGGUGACUUCUGUGUUUGCUACAGUCUAUCAAUUGUAUUGGGAUUUUGUCAAGGACUGGGGCCUUCUCAACUCUAAAUCCAAGAAUCUAUGGCUAAGAGAUGAGUUGAUUCUGAAGAACAAAAGCAUCUACUACAUGUCCAUCGCCUUGAACGUAGUUCUUAGAGUUGCUUGGGUUGAGACUGUCAUGGGGUUCCGCUUCAAUAUGGUUGAGUCACGUAUGUUAGAUUUUUUCUUGGCUUCUUUGGAGGUAAUUCGACGUGGCCACUGGAAUUUUUACAGGUUGGAGAAUGAACAUCUGAACAAUGUUGGCAAGUUCAGGGCAGUGAAGGCAGUUCCCUUGCCAUUCCGCGAGACUGACUCUGACGGCUGA